UUCAUUUCAGUCCGAGAUACACUACUGAGUUACAGUACUAGUGAUACCCCGUCGAUGUGACACGAAGGCUUACAUCUAUCACUGCAGUUUUGAACUCAUCCUUGCUCCUUUCGUCACCAUGUCGGACAACUAUGAGCUGGACUCUUUCUCUUCUACAAACAGACUCACGCCAAACCGUGUUUCCAGCAUUUCGAUGCCACUGUUGAAUCAAGACACAUCUCGUCUAGUGCCAAACCGAUGGCAAGAUCACGCAUUGCGCGAGGACAACCACCGAACUUUCGAGUACAAACAGCAGGUUCCAGGCCUCAUGAAAAGGAUGUUGACAGUCGCGAAAUUGUUGACCCUCCCUCUUGCAGCAAGUGCAUACUUGGUAUUUUGCGUUAUAGUCAAUAAACGCCUCAUCACACUUAAGAAUGGAUUUUAUGCAUUCACUCCAAAUCAUAUUGCUACGAUAAAAGCCGGGGUUACGUCUUUGAGCCAACUUGUCGUUUUCGCCGCCCUUUACCCGGUGGCGGACAUGGUGUCGAACUUGCAGGCAAGUAUCCAUGUCCGUUGUUGUUGCACCUUCGGUAUACUCAUCAUGCUAUGCAAAAUAAAUUAGUGCGAGGAGUUUUUCCGUAUUCUUGGUUCUCGUCGCAUGCAAGGUGUUCCUCUAGCUAUACUUGAUAAGAAGUCAAAUCCGAACUAUGGCUUUAUGAGGUUCCUGAGCGACGCUUUUUCGCGCACAUCUUCAAUUUACAUGUUUUCCGCUUUUGUCGCCACACUGAUAGGUGUGGUAAUAUCAUGGGUCACUCCCGCUGCUUUGAAUGUUGCAACUGUUCUUGUAGAAAGCGAGACUGUUGCCCUCGCUGUCGGGUCAAUCCCUUCACAAGGCGUGUAUAAGUGAGAUGUUUUCUCAUUCCAUUGGUCUCCUGUUUUCAGACCUAUGAUUUUAGUGCCUCAAUC